AGAGCCCUUCUGGACAGCUCCCGCUCACCCAAACAGAAGACGUCGGCGCCGGAGCGGGCUCGGACAUGGCGAGGCUGCGAGCCGGCCCGAGCGGCGGGGCCCGGUGAUUCCCUCCCUCCCUCCCCGUCCCCUCCCCUCUCCCGCACGCACGCCCCGUCCGCCCCCACCCCGCCCCCACCCCGGGCGAGCCCGCCCGCAGCCCGGGGCGCACACCCGCACGCGCGCUCCCCUCCACUCACUCUCGCACUCCCGCGCCCGCCCCCACUCCCGCGGCCGAGCCCAGCCACGCACACCUUGCCCGCCCGCCGGCCGCCCCCGCCGCCCCUGCCGCCCCCGGGCCCCGAUGGACUGAAUGAAGGCUGCCUACACCGCCUAUCGAUGCCUCACCAAAGACCUAGAAGGCUGCGCCAUGAACCCGGAGCUGACAAUGGAAAGUCUGGGCACUUUGCACGGGCCGGCCGGCGGCGGCAGUGGCGGGGGCGGCGGCGGGGGCGGCGGCGGGGGCCCAGGCCAUGAGCAGGAGCUGCUGGGCAGCCCCAGCCCCCACCACGCGGGCCGCGGCGCCGCUGGCUCGUUGCGGGGCCCUCCGCCGCCUCCAACCGCGCACCAGGAGCUGGGCACGGCGGCUGCGGCUGCAGCGGCGGCGUCGCGCUCGGCCAUGGUCACCAGCAUGGCCUCGAUCCUGGACGGCGGCGACUACCGGCCCGAGCUCUCCAUCCCGCUGCACCACGCCAUGAGCAUGUCCUGCGACUCGUCUCCGCCUGGCAUGGGCAUGAGCAACACCUACACCACGCUGACGCCGCUCCAGCCGCUGCCACCCAUCUCCACCGUAUCUGAUAAGUUCCACCACCCGCACCCGCACCACCAUCCGCACCACCACCACCACCACCACCACCAGCGCCUGUCCGGCAACGUUAGCGGCAGCUUUACCCUCAUGCGCGACGAGCGCGGGCUCCCGGCCAUGAACAACCUCUACAGCCCCUACAAGGAGAUGCCCGGCAUGAGCCAGAGCCUGUCCCCGCUGGCCGCCACGCCGCUGGGCAACGGGCUAGGCGGCCUCCACAACGCGCAGCAGAGUCUGCCCAACUACGGUCCGCCGGGCCACGACAAAAUGCUCAGCCCCAACUUCGAUGCGCACCACACUGCCAUGCUGACCCGCGGUGAGCAACACCUGUCCCGCGGCCUGGGCACCCCUCCUGCGGCCAUGAUGUCGCACCUGAACGGCCUGCAUCACCCGGGCCACACUCAGUCUCACGGGCCGGUGCUGGCACCCAGUCGCGAGCGGCCACCCUCGUCCUCAUCGGGCUCGCAGGUGGCCACAUCGGGCCAGCUGGAAGAAAUCAACACCAAAGAGGUGGCCCAGCGCAUCACAGCGGAGCUGAAGCGCUACAGUAUCCCCCAGGCGAUCUUCGCGCAGAGGGUGCUGUGCCGGUCUCAGGGGACUCUCUCCGACCUGCUCCGGAAUCCAAAACCGUGGAGUAAACUCAAAUCUGGCAGGGAGACCUUCCGCAGGAUGUGGAAGUGGCUUCAGGAGCCCGAGUUCCAGCGCAUGUCCGCCUUACGCCUGGCAGCGUGCAAACGCAAAGAGCAAGAACCAAGCAAAGACAGGAACAAUUCCCAGAAGAAGUCCCGCCUGGUGUUCACUGACCUCCAACGCCGAACACUCUUUGCCAUCUUCAAGGAGAACAAACGCCCGUCGAAGGAGAUGCAGAUCACCAUUUCCCAGCAGCUGGGCCUGGAGCUCACAACCGUCAGCAACUUCUUCAUGAACGCCCGGCGCCGCAGCCUGGAGAAGUGGCAAGAUGAUCUGAGCACAGGAGGCUCCUCGUCCACCUCCAGCACGUGUACCAAAGCAUGAUGGAAGGACUCUCACUUGGGCACGAGUCACCUCCAAAUGAGGACAACAGAUACCAAAAGAAAACAAAGGAAAAAGACACCGGAUUCCUAGCUGGGGCCCUUCACUGGUGAUUUGAAAGCACAAUUCUCUUGCAAAGAAACUUAUAUUCUAGCUGUAAUCAUAGGCCAGGUGUUUUUUUUUUUGUUUUUAAUGGCUACGGAGUCCAAGUGCAAGCUGAAAAAUUAAUCUCUUAGAACCAGACACUGUUCUCUGAGCAUGCUAAGCAUCCCAGAAACCCAAAUGGGGCCUUCCUGGAGUGAGUCAAUUCCAGUAUGGUGUCAACCAAGCUCAGGAUUGCUUAAAAUGUCAUCCGUCCCACUUCAGGUCCUGUCAGCUUCUUGCAGUCAGAGUUCCUAUGAGUAACAAUAGGAGUUUGGCCUAUGUAAGGACUCUGAGUUUAGGCUUCCAAGCUACAACAAUAAGAGAAGAAUCUAGCAACAAGAAUGACCUCAUUUGCUUUCCACAUGCUUAGCCUCAUUAUACCAUGUUAGGUCCAAGUUCACAGCCAUAACAUAAAAUACAUCAGAAUGGUAAUUACUGAGCACAAGUUUUAAAUAUGGACGUUAAAAAAAAAAAAUCCAAGGACCUGUUUUUCCAACCCAGACAUCUUUUCAUUGAAUGAUUUAGAAAGCUUUAAGUUGAUCCAGCUUACAAUUUUUUUUUCUUUACCUCCUGGAAAUCUCAUAUGGUCUUGGAUCCGUCAAAAAAAACCAGUCAGUUCACUUGCGCUCAAAGUAUCAAGCACAACAAAGAUAAACAGAAGUAAGGAAGGUUCCGGGUUCACCACAUCUGGAUUUGCAAGACACCUAUUGUGAAGUCAUUAGGGAAUUGAUGAGAACAUGGCUUCAAGCACAUUUUGCAGUUUGCUACAAAUUCUGUUGUACAUAAUGCAGACGCACACUCAGGAGGCCAAUUUAACUGUUAACGGUGCAUGGAGCGAAUGCAGCAUUUUAAAAGAUCUAGGUUUUUUUAGAUCAUUAAUGUGUCCUUCUUGGUUGAUCAGUCAUCUGGUCCCUCCUACUGUGUGUUAUGACCACCACGUAAUCCAUUCUCACUCUUUCUGAUUUGGGGUUUUUCCUCAUCCAUCCUAUUAGUAGGGAUGUUUUCUGUGUUUUCCAGCAAGAAAAAAAAAUCAAUCAAUCAAACCUGCAUACAUGUUACUCAUGACUGUCAUCUAGUCCUAAAUCUCUUCUGUUGUUGAAUCAUCCUUGCAAAACAGCUGAAUAAAUCUGGAGAAAACACAGCACACCAAAGAAGCAGAAUACUGCAAACCAAAGACAUUUAUGACUUGUCAUUUUCUAGCCUAAAAAUACUGUGAUUACUUUUAGAAAUCAGAAAACCUCUGCAACUCCGAAUGGCAUCCAGCCCUUGCAUUUGGCGCAUCAUCGGGCUGAGCAGACCAGCUACACCAAGGACGUUAGCCAAGCCACCCAGAGGGGUGGCUUUGCCACACCAGUUGUCACCUUCCCAUAGCAAGUGGAAGAGCGCCCAUAGAACUCUGGGAGAUUGCAAAGGUCACAAUGUGCAUAUUUACCAGUGAAUGGCCCCAGGUGGGGCCACAUGGGGGUGUUCAAAGCAAGCCAAACGCUGCAAUGAUUCUUUACAGACACUUGAGACUGACUUUUUUAUGAAUUACUUAAUCGAAACCAAAGAAACUUUUUCUGCACCUACUUCUGCAACAAACAAAACUGUCCCAUUAAAAUGAAUAAAUAAAUCCAUAAAUCAAUGGAAAUCACCACCAAUAAGAAGGAAGCACGCCAGAAAAUAAAUGAAAACAAAAACAGCGAGACACACUGUGUUCAAACCGAUCUCUUGGGACAUUUUUUGGAAGCAGAUUUUAAAGAAAGGGUUGAGACAAAGAUAGAAAUAAGGAAGAGCCUCAGUGGCUGCUGCUUCAUUAGACAACUCAUGUGGUAAUCUUAAAGUUGAAGAUUGUCUUUAAUUUGUGCCUAUGCAGUUUUUCAAAAGAACACGGAACAGAGCAACAGAAACCUCAACAGCUACAAUACCAAAGAUGAGGAUUUCUCACACCUUUUGUUUCAGUUCAUUAUCUCCUCUUGCCUGGCUAAAAUACUAAUAGCGCCAUUGAUCUGUAUAAAGGUAAUCAAUUAUGUUUCUCUGAGCAACAAAAGGAAAGGGCCAUUUAUUUGAUUUUAUUGUUUCCUUUUAAUUUUGUUUUAUGGUUUUUUGCCCCAACAUGGAAUCUCUCAAAAGUUUCCAUGGACUCCAAGUUUAAGAUGUUGGGAUAUUGAACAGUUCUCUCUGCUCAGCAGAGGGUAGGGAAUAACAUUAUCAUUUGAAUGUUCUUUGCUUAACCCUUAGACUUGGUUCCUUCUAUGUUCAGAGUCUCAUCAUCAGGGGAGGGAAAGGGAGUGAGGGUCAGGGAUAGGGGUCUUGGUGAUGCAUCCUCUCCCGAGCCACAGAACCAAAGAGUUUAUAGAGGAAUUUACAACCUCGUUUUCACGUGAUUGCUACAUCCUAACAGGGCUUCAUUUUGGGGUGGGGGGAAACAUGUAAAAAUAAUUGCCAGUUUCUACUUUUCUAUUAGCUUUUUAAAAAUCAGCUGUAAAGUUGCAUUUCUAAAGAAAGAUAUAUAUAAUAUAUAAAAUACAUAUAUAGAUCAACUUGACAUUGGUGAUAACCAAAAUUAUUGCUGUCCAAAUUCAUGUCUAGUUUUGAUCCAGUGCUUCAUUUGUUAAGUAUUCGGUUCAGAAUUUUUCUCAUUUCUCAUGCCAUUCCAGAGUUAAUUUGCCACUGUGGAUGAUUUGAAGUAUUCAGAUCUCUAUGGAAGUUUCUGGGAAAGGUUUAAAGUCAAGAUCAAGCAUUUUAGCAUUUAACCUGUUGAUAAAUGGAUCCAUGGUGUAAAUGAGUUUUAUUUGUAUUCGGAGUCAUCUCUAUUCUAUCCCUCAGCCUCGAUUAAGGUGGUGAGUGAAGUACAUCCAACAGACUCGUCCCAGAACUGGGUCCUGACAGUGGGGUGCUCAUCUUCUGUAACUGUUGGGAAGGCUCGGCGGUCCAUUUUCACCAGUUAAAGAAUAUGAGGCCAGCCCAGAAAUCUGUUCUCCAGGAGCUGCCCUGUCCCAUCUGGGUGUGCCAGACCCCCUCAGUGAGCAGGUCCACCAAAGGGACUUCUCACAGGGGAAGCCCAAUUCCUGUUGCAAUGGGUUGAUAGAUUUCCUCAGGGUGGUAAUUACCAAUUCAUAUUUUGACAAGCCUAUGUGCAACCACAGCUGGCACUGGGGUGGGCAGUGGUGUUGGGUGGGAUGGGGGAGAGUGUCUCAAUCCUGGAGAGAAAAUAUAAAGCAGAUUUUAGGGAUACUCCUGGAGUCCUGCCCCUGGAGAGCCCUAUUGUUGUUCUUUGUGCCCCCUCCUCAUUCCCCCUAUGUGGGUCUCCCUAUGCAGGAGCUGUGAGAGAAUGUGACUCUCCACAAUUUUUAUAAUUCAUCCUGCCUAGGAGAUUGUUCCUUGGCUUUUCCCUUGUGUCCCUUUGUCCCUUGCUCAUACUCCAUGUUUCCUUUGUCAAAGGACUAAGAAAAGAGCAUAUUUCAGCAGAGGAAUGUUCCCAUGUGGGUUGAUUUCAACUUGGGUAUUUCUAAAUGAGUCCUUGUGACAUGUGUCCAGUGGAAAUGGUUGCUCUUUUCCAGACUGGAUUGAGGAAUGGAGCCUGUAUGAUUUGGUUAGUGAUUCUUUGACAUACUAAUCUCAGCAUUUGGGUCUCCAGCGUCCUCUGAAGAUGUCUAGACCAGUAGAGGCUGCCUUUGUGACCGGACAUUACAACAUUGGUCAAACCAGUCCUCUGAUAAUCAGAAGAACAUGUCAUAAUUGUUAAAAAAAAAAAAAAAAGGCAAGAAUUUCUCCCCAAGGAGCUUUAAUAAAUGUCUCAUUCCAGAUAAUGUCAUACCAGAGAGAAGUGCUUGCUUUUAGAAAAUUAUUUACAUACAUAUAUAAAUAUAUAUGUGUAUCUAUACAGUUAUGUGUCAAAAUUUUAAGCCCUGUAGAAUUUCAAUUUGUUAGAAAUCUAACAGAAAAAAAAUUCUAUAUUGAAAGGUAAUAGAAUUUAACCCAGUGAGUUUACUCAAGGAUAUUUAAAUUUAAGUUAAUAAUUUCAGAGAAAAUAACCAUUUGGGUUUGGUUAUAGUUUAGUAUCCAUUACCUCAAUCCAAGGAAAAUUCAAGGCAUUCCUCAGCCAUCAGCAAAAGGGACAGUGUGAAGGAACAGUUCUCAGCCAAAUUUCACAUUCUUGAGGCAACAGAAAUCAAAACACUCAGAGCCAUUGAGUGGAAAAACAAUUUCCUUUAUUCCUUUACACAAAUAGGCUUGCAUUGUUUUUGUUUUAAUGUGAUUUUGGUACUAGGGAUGUAAUUAUUUCAUUUCAGGAAAUAAUAAAGAAAAAAAACAGAGCCAAUACAUUUCUUUUUUUAAAGGAAACAGCAACAACAAUAAAAACUCAACACCAAUAUGUAAAAGCUUUUCCAAAAUGUAAAAGAAGUGUUUAGCUUGCACCAUGCAUAAAGGUGCAGGCUAGUUGAGCCAAGAAGCAUGGCACUUCCUCUGGAGAAAUCCAGAAAGAGUUGCUUCUAAGCUCCCUUUUCCCCCUGCAGGCUCUUGGCAAUUGUAGGCUUUAGAAAAUCCAAAAUAAUUUUCAAUUCAAGCUAAAAUAAAAUCAACAUUUGGAAUGUAAAUGAUACACACACACACACACACACACUUUUCUAAGUCAAACAGCAUAUUUCAAAACCAAAAAUAAAUACCUUUUAGAUAAUCAGUUAUUUUCUUUGUCUAUACUGGGCACCCACCUACUAGUGCCAGUAAAUUCAAGUUGAACAGAUUUUUUAAAUCACUAUUACCUGGGUAUAGGGGGAAACUUCCCCACUUUUGAAAAUGUUGGUAGAAUUAUAGGAAUGUCUGUUUGGUUAUCAUUACCAAACUGUCAUGACAGUAUGCCUUUGUAGUGAACUCGGAUUUUCAGGAGUUUGAAUAGUUGGAUAUUUUAAAAUCUAAGAAGAAAAGGCCUGUUUCCAAUGUUGUUGAAGAAUAAUGGACUCUAUUAAAAAGUGGAGAAAAAGAUGAUACAUAUGGUCAGGGUUGACCACAAGGCCCAGACACAACUACCUUGGUGAUAAUCUUCUAGAUUCGUAACAGGUUAGAGCUGACUUUUUGUUUUUGUUGUUGCUGAUGCUGUGUGAUUCAGACUUCUUAGCCUAACCAGGAAGAGUAAGUGGAAAUGGUGGAUGAAGAAGGGGUAGAGCUGGUGUAUCUAUAACUUUCUGAUAUUUGUCUGCCAAACUUGAUAUAUUAGUAAUUUUCUAUCUUUAGCUAAGACCAAGUCACCCCUGAAACAACAGGAGAUUCUAGUUUUAAAAUAAGGCCACAAAAAUCCUUACUGAAUGAAGAAUGGCACCCCAGUUGGUUGUGUAAGUCUUAUAAGAUAAUGAUGUUGACUUUAAAUAUGGAUGUCUCAAUGCCUGUUUUCUAUCGAUUUGUUUGUUUCCAAGGUCGGGGAGGGAAAGAGGAGAGGGUUUAUCUAUUUUAGAAAGUCUCAGAAUACUUAUAAAAUACAGAAGAAGUUAUUAAAAUAUAUAGGACCUCACAUAGUUAGAUACAGAACUUACCAUUGAGGCUGAUGGGCUGUUGUGUGAAUCACACAGGACCUUAAAUGAGGCUCAUUAUUCUCAGACACCAAAAUGACUCUGACAGCCUGAAGCAGUUUUUGCUAGAGCCCAAGCUUUCCUUAGAGGUUUUGGAGUUAGGUUGAUUGGAAGUAACCAGCUAAUACCUUUUCUAGUGGAGAAAAACACAUUGCUACCAGCUUGUUCAUUCCAUAGAAGUCUUCCACUCUGCUCCAUUUUUAGCAGCAAGCAUUUCAUGUAGCAUAAACCUUGGCAGAUAAGUGUGCCUAAGGCUUAUACAGUCUAUCUGCUUGGAUGUAUACAGAUUUAGAUACAUAUUUUAACAUGUAUUCUCAUAGAUGACUUUAUAACAACACACGUCACCUAUAGGUGUCUAGACUGUGUACAUACAAGUGUGUACAGACAUGCUUCAUACGUAUAUACUGUAAUCCAUUACAACAAAUAAAUUUUAAAUCAUCGUUUAACAUGUAUGUGGUACUUCUACAGUGUACAUUGUUUUCAUUAUUUGUUGUAACAUUGAAAACCAUAGUGCAGGGAAAACAAAAGUAUCCCAGCAUCUUCAUCCUGUACACUUGGAAUUAAUUUCAUCUGGGCAUAUCCAAGAUAAACUCAACUUUCAAGAAAUCUUGUAUAUUAUUUAAUCAUCUGUGUUAGGAUGACAUCUGUGCUUGAUGACUUUGGUUGAAUAGCUUUAUUCUGGAUUUUUCAUAACUGAAGCUAAAUCCAAAGACCUGAAAAAGGACAAAAAGAAAAAAAAAAGAAAAAACAAAGAAAAGGAAGAAAAAAUAGUAAAGUCAAGCGCAAACCACUGGGGAGACAGUGGGCUCUGGUUUCCAGGAUUGAGACAAUGGUACUGUGGUCUUGGGGAGACUGCGUUAGCUAGUGGGGAGUGGUGAUUUUUUUCAUGCUUGUCACAUCUAAAUGGUCUUUAACAUGAGAAAGUUUUAGAGGUUAUAAUUUCCUGCUUUGUUUUUAUUUAGACUAUCAGAAGAAGUUAUACAUGUUGUCAGUCAAAAAAUGAAGACACCCUCUGCCCCACCCCACAGAAUGUUUUUUAUCUUGUCUCUUUGGGUUAUGACCCAACGAGCUAAGUAUCAUUAAUGUAAUUAACUUAUUUAAAUUAGUUUCUAGUAUGUAAAUGUAUAGGAUUUGGGUAAUUAUUUAAUCAUCCUUCCUUAGUUUGAUUCUACUCCUUGUACUUAUUUAUCAAAACCUAGACCAAUGGUGCAUCAGAGAUGCAAAAUUCUACUUGGAAUACUCUUGAAGUUUAGUUUGCUUUAUAAAGCAGUGAAAUUCUGUUACAGACAGGGAAGAAAUACAGGUUACAAAAAGAAAAUUUGGGAUAUUCUUCCCUCUUAAGUUAACUUUUAAAAUAGUCUAAGUAACAAUUAUUAAAUUAUUUAACUUAAGUUCGCAGCCCCACCUGGUACCAGGCGAACUUCAUCUCUUACUUAUUGUGGCCCUCAGAGCCUUCAUAUUGUAACUUAUUUAUUUAACUUAUUCAGCAUCUGUGAAAGGUGCACUGUAUAGUUUAUAUUUUUAAUUUAAAACAACAGAGAGCGCUGCAGUUUGUUCGCUGUCAGAACAACAGAGCAAAUUUUGUGGACAAGCAAUGACUAUUCAGCCUGAACCUGUGCAUUCAGAAAACAUAAGCUGAGACCCUGCUUCACCAGCCUGGAUUUCGGGGCUUCUAUACAGAAACUGGAAAAAUAAAUUUUAAAAAAAUCGUAAACAAAAAGAGAGAAACCCUUACACUAGCUGCUUCCAAGAAUGAACUCUGUGUGUAUGUAAAGCAACAAAACAAAAAAGGAAAAAAACAAAAAGCAGAAAAAAGAAAAAAAAAAAGGAAAAACUUUCUAUUUCUAGUGAGAACCAAAGAAGGCUACCUCACUGACUUUUUCCAUUUGUAAUUUUAAUCGUGUUGAUGACACCAAAGAUACCAAAGAUUUCUUUCUCUGUGCGGUCUGCAUCUUGCUUGUGCUCUUUUAUAAUUUGAACGAUUUUCUCUGACAUAUGGUAUGUACAGCCACAGCUCAGAUACCCCAAAGAAAUAAUUAUCUAUGCGACGGCAGCUGCUAAUUUGGAAAGGGAUAUUUUCUGUGUUUCUCUUAUAUGUUUGCUGUCUGCUCCACAUGUUCAAGAUGCGAGUUCAGAUGCUGCUGUAAUUGGAUUCCUUAAAUUCUGAUUACAAAUUGGGGAAGGAAACUGGUUGGAAAUGGCCUUCAGUCCUAGCCAUGGCCUCUAUCCCUGCUGGGACCUAUCACAGUAAAGAUUGCCAAUUACUGAACCACAGAAGCUCUGACCAUUGAGUAGUUGAGCUGGAAGAGACCUUAGGAAUCAUUUAGUCCAAGCCCUGGUGGCCCGGAGGAAUGAAAUAGUUAUCCAAAUCAAAUAACUCUUGAGAGUGGAAGCCCACACACGCCUCCUAGUUCCUGCCCCAGUGCUCCACCUAUUGUGCAGUGCUACCUCUGCAUGAGAGUGGUCCCACAUUGACAAAUAGGACGGUGGCAAUCCUUUAGCAAUGAGCAGGGACUGGGGUUUAUCUCUUAACAUUUUCAGCUGUAAAAUUAGUCACAAGCAUUUUCAGUGUCCCGUUAGUACAUAGUCACAUAUGGUCGGUUGCUUCGUGAAGGUGGCCUGCCUUGAAACACUAGGGCUCAUAUGGGAUUUUUGCCCUAGGAAAAACAUGUUGAUCCCAACAGUGUGAUCACUUUUGAACCUUUCCAUUACAAAGCAUUGUAUAAAUAACUUUUUAAUUCAAUGGGAGGAGAAAGUUCAUUCUUGGCCUGUUGGCUUUGAUUAUUAUGGGUACUUUAAAGUCAGUAUUUAUCAAGAAAGGGAACUUGACCACCAUUGGCACAUGUGACAUUUCAGCUCUUCAGCCUUUUCCUUUUUAGUUGUAGGUGUUUACAUUUCACUUCUAAGCCAACUCUGUAUUUAUGAGAGAAGUUUAAGCCUUACAUCAUUUGAUACUAAAGGGUUAUUCGUGGUAAAUGAAAAAUGACCCAAAAAUUACCGAGGAAUAUGCCAGUUUAAGAAAUGGCUACUUAAACUUGCUUCUCUCUUUCCUUCUUACUCAUGAAAUUAAUUGGUCUUCUUCAAGUUUCUUUAGAUUCCAUUAAAUGAUUAAAUCACUAUUAAGAGCCAUUCAUCAACGUGAUUUGUGUGUUAGCCAAUGAAUCUGUCUCAGCUUCUGACCAAAUGGGUUUUAGACAAAUGCAAAGAUCUGCCUCUAGUCCAUAUAGCUCUUUUUGAGUGCUAGUAUUUUGCAUUUCACAUAAUGUAGUUAUCUUUGAGCUUGUAAAGAGACCAUUUAGACAAAGAAGCAAAGAGAGGAAGAGACCAAUCAACUCAUCAGUUCCAUGCAUCAACAAAGCAUAGCCAGUACAGGAAUAUAGAUGGCAGAUUGACAAACUGUAGGAAACACUGUUACUCUCUUUCUGAAGUUUUCAAGCACCAUCCUAUGUGAAAGUUCCCUCCUGUCCAAACAAGCUCAAGGCCCAUCUUCUCCCUAUACAAGGCAAAGCUGUAAGGCCUUCCUUCCAAAGAGCACAUUGCUUUGGUUUUCUUCCUAAAUUCCUAUUGGAAUUAGAACUCUCAGAAUGCCUGGGAGACAGAGCAAAGAUGACUUAAUUCAUUGAGCAGCAGAGCUCCCCUAUAAGCGAACAUCACCUUCCCCAUCUUUCCUACUGCCACACCCAUACGAGAGAGGAUCUAGAAAGAGCGAUGGCAGCCUGAACACAGAAAACAUCCCCACUUGGCAGACCCCUCCUCAGCAAUCCCCCCAGCCUCAUGCUUCACUUGCAAAGUGUGACAUAACCACGGGACGAGUGCCUUGCUUGAACCAAAGCAACGAUUUAGCCAGUCUGGACCUCUCUGUGCUUUUUUUAAUUCUUCCUGUGAAUACCUCAGCUUCAACUGGGCCUCCAUACAGUCAGUUGGUGGGCUUAUUGUACUGUGGUGCUUUGCAAUGCAACCCUGCAAAGAACAAGAUUUGUACUAAUACCAAAGGUUCUUUCUCUAUGUCUCCUCCUCUGCCUCCCUCGUUCUUCCCUUUUUUCUAGUUCUUCAUGGUUCCAAAGCUUUACUAUGAACCCGGGCAUGUUGGCAAUGCAGACCGCGCAAUUCCUUACCGAAUUUUCUCAGAUAUACCUCAUAGACAAUAGUGUUUAGAGUAAUGUUAUUAUAGCGUAUGUAAUAAAUUAUUCACUGUUUCUUUUGGUAACUGUGAUUUAAAAAAAGAAAAAAGAAAAAAAAGCUUUAUACGUUUUAGGUUGUGCUUUUGUAAUAGACGAAAAAGGUGCGCUUAAAAAGAAAAUGUAUGUUUUUUUUUUUCCCCUUUGGAUUUUAUUUAUGCUGGAUUGGGGAAAGUUGCAGAAUGAGCCCAAAGUUUACAGUUUCAUAUUUUGCUGAAAAAACAAUCUGUGUUCAUUUGCUCUGUUGAAAAGAAUAAUUAUUUUCUACAUUUGUGCUACUUGGUCUGAACAAUUAAUUGUUCUGUGUUAACAGUGUAGUAUUAUGAUUAGCAACUGCCAAUCAGUGCUAUAAUUUUAUGCAUGAGGCUAAAAAUUUAGCAGUGUGAUGCAUUGUGGUCUUAAUAGCAACGUUUUUCAUUUUGAACUAGAUCUUCCCCUUUGGUUCAAUGGACUUUAUUUAUGCAUGGGCGCUUAUUGUUUGUUAGCAGUUGUGGAACAGUUGUGUAUACAUUAAACUGUGAAAAUGUACACAGUUCAGCCUCAGACGGUGGUAAUAUUGGUUUUAUUGGGAGAUGUGUCACCUCGAAAAUACCCUUUACAUCUGUUGGGAUCUGAAAAUGAGUCACAUUGAAUCGGGUUCCAGCUUUAUAAUGAGAAACGUUAUUCCUAAUUUUUGAGUUAGCCAAUUUGCAUUCCACAAAUUGGGAUCCUCAUAACCCAGAUAUAUCACCAUAUCUGAGAGGGGUUUGAAAGCAAGUAUUGAAAAACUCACCUUUGCAUAUUUAAUUUCCACCAAAAGGAGUUAUUUUGGCUUUAUGUUCAUGAACUUAGACCUAACUGGCCAUGUAUAUGUAGGUGCAAAUUUAUCCAGCUGUGGCCCUCUUUGAUCUCUGCUUGGGAAUGGCUAUUUUUGACUGUGUGUGGUUUCUUCUAGUAUUUUGUGAUCAGGUCAGCUCCCAGUAGAAACUCAAAUGGCAUCAAUAUUACUAAUUCUUCUCUGCCCACUUCUCUUUUGUCCACUCUCCUAGACAUUCCCGCCAACUGUUCCAGUGAUUUGGGCAAAAAUACGCAGCCAUUUCCCAAAACUUCACAUGUGCAGCUAUCAUGGCUGUCCCUCCCUAGACUUGGAGGUGACUCUCACUUAAUUUUUACCUGCCCAACAAUGUUCCAUCUACCGUCUAAAAGGGAAUAUAAGAAGAAGUUUUGAAACCCACUUUAGGAAAACCAUCUUCUUUAAAUCCUUCAAUUAUCUGAGGUCUCUAUAUGUCAAAACUAUUUUUCAGUUUCAGGGGACUGGGCAAACUUGUUCUUUCUUAUACUUGGGUUCAAAGACCCAUUCUCGAGUUUCAUAUUUCCCAAACCAAAAUGCUUGACAUAAAGCCAAAUCAACUGCCAAGCACACUUUAUUUUGCAUAGGAGUAUGCAGCCUAGGGAACCUUGGUUGAAAAGCAGCAGUCUGCUAUGCAAAAUAUUGGAAAUCACUGACAGUAUAGCAUUCAUAUUAUCUGUCAAUGAAGGUAUAUUGGGAACAUGCUUUCGUGAAUAAUAAAAAGCAACAUUUUUAUUUGGCCUUAUAAAUUAGAUUGUGGUAAUGUAAACUUUGAUAUAUAGUCUUUUUAUUUUUCCCUUAUUAAUCUGCCAAAGAUGGGAACAGAUACAAGAAUUUUUCAGAUUGGCUUUUGUAAGACAGUUGAUGAUUAUAAUAGUGUUUAAUCUUCCAGAAAGCUUUAUAUGUUGUUCCACAAUAAAAUUGAUAUUUGUUUCAGCAGUUAUCCUGACACUCACAAACCCACAAACUGUUCCUCUUAAUGCAGAUAUUGUAGAAUCUACAAAGUUCAAAUCCAUUUUUGAUCCAAAGAAAAUAGAGUGGUGUUUGAGACAUGAGUGUACCCAGCCCUUUUUUUUAAUCACAGGCAAUGCAUGGGUCUGGCUGGUUACACUUUGCCAAGAAGACUUGUCUUAUGAAACCCAAGGUAUAUUUUGUUAUGCCAUUUUAUGUCCUUUUUUUUUUUAACAUUGUGGAAAGUGGUAUGUUGAAUCAAGUGUAAGCUGAGUUUUCCAGACAACUGAAGUAGCUACAUCAUGAAUGUUAUUUUGUUAUUAAAGGGUUUUUACUCAAUGCUUUGUGCCAAUGGAUGUCCUUUUCCUAGGAGACACAGAACUAUGAAAUUACCUCAGUUUGGCCUGGUUUUCUCUCCUGCCCUCUUGGGGAAACAUGGGCCUAGCCUGGAAAAAGGCAGGUCAUAGGCUGGAAGGUAGGUUUUGGUACUAGGAGGAAAUCCGUGUAUCUGUCAGCUUUAAAGAGAACUGGGCCAAAAAUCUCUAACCUCACUCUCUCUGGACUCCAACACUUCCCUGCAAUCCUUUGGUCUUGAGUACGUGCCAGCAUGAAGGCAGACUCCAAUUCAUACAUGAAAGGCAAGAAAAAGAAAAUAGUAACCUUGAAUCUUCUGUGGGCCACCAGGCAUUCACCUUUCCCCAACUUGCACUCAACCCAGUCAAGGCUGUUGCAGCCCAUCUGGUGGCUAUACAUGGGACAUUACCAAAGGCUUCUUCCUCCAUCCUGGGGUUGCAAAGGAUCCAGGUCCCCUCCAUCCAGUGGGGCUCUUCCACAUCAGAAGUCCCCUUCCCACCAUCCUCUGCAUCCUGUUUAGCUAUCCCAUCUAUACCUUUUGGAGAUGAUUAUUUAGAAAACAAAGAAAGGCAUGGAAUGGGGUUUCCUAUUGUUUGCUAGGUUAUGUUUUAGCAAUUCUCAAUUCUUUGAACUGGAAAAAUACAAGAGGGAAAAGGAGACCCCACUAUCUCCCUGUGCUUUGCUCCCAUCUCAGGGGGCAGGGGCAGUGCACGUUGCCUAUGCUGUUGAUCUGUCUUGGGGGACAGGCUGAAUCACAGCUAUUGCCCCAGCCAAAAACAUGGCCCAUCAAUGCCUAUUUUAUCUCUGCUUGAAAGUCCUAUUCAAAAAGUUGUAGAGUUUGAGGUUUUUCUCCCCCAUAUCCUUUGCUUUGGUCCAAUUUGGCCUUUAGCAUAAGAGUCAGCUUUAUCUCUAGGAAAGUUUUUUCAAAUUAUGACAAGGAACCUGCCACCUGGGAAGAAAAGAGUCCAAAGACUAUCUAGCAAUCGGAUAGGUAGUCAUACCAUUAACAGAUACUUCCUUGAAGGUAGAGUAUUGUUUCCUUUCUUUACUGUUUUGUGUUACACAAGUCCAAGUGGUGCCAGCAAACUUCUUACCAUGAAAUGUUGUAAAACACCUGGCAUACUGAAAUUUCUGAAACAAAAACACAAGCUUCACAUUGAUGACUUGAUAAAUAACCACUAAAGUUUAGAUGCAGGGACUGAGAUGAUACAGGCAAAAUCUUGGUGUUGGUUUCUCUUUUAAUUCAUAUCUUCAAUCACCUAACCUUCCCUCAAUCCAAGAGCAGUUCAUUCUUUUCUCCCCAGGUCUAGGAUGCCAAAGGGCUUCACAGGAAAAGAUAAUUAGGGAUUGACCAGCAUUUCAAUUAGUUCUCUUCUUCAUCCUUUGCAUUUCUCAAAAGUGUUCUCCUGGACAAGAGAGAAAGAGCCAGUCCAUUUUUUUUCAUUCUUUCUAUUCAAAUUUUUCCACCCAGACAAUACUUUAUUAACACAGAUACUGUAGAUCCUUCCUUGGUCAGUGAAUUAUUACAAGAGGAACUAUCCUUCCACCAAAGUGAGUGAAAACAAGUUCCAGUAUCUUUUCUUCCAUCCAGUUUUGUUCUCAGAAUCCAAGUCAGUCCUGGGUCUUUUCUUUCUUUAGGCCCGGGCCUCAGAUGUGUUUAUUCUUGCUAUUUAAAAAUACCUUUAAAUUUCACAUGCUGGCCUGCAGAACUUGCAUCCUUUGUUCUAUACUGUUGACUGCUUGAUGGUAUUGAAAGGUGACUAUAAUGAGGAAAGAAAGGAGGAGGUAAAGAGAGAAGAAUUUGUCCCAGAUCUGUUUAAAGUUUUAAAAUUAAAAAAGGGACCCAUUAAAUUAUGGGAAAAUGGCUAUAGAGUGUGAGCCUCCUUUGACCAUAUUCUCAAAGACCUUACUCUGCCACCUGCCUUCUAGGUAGCUAUUCUAGAAACUCAGCCCUUUAGUAGAAACCAACUACCUUUUAAAAGUCUCUUUCCAGAUUCCAAAAGGACAAGAGAUCAGAGUCACAUAUACUCCUCUUGUUUUAUUUUCUUGCUUUCACAGGUAUUAUCUCCAAGAAAAUCGUAGGGAAAAACUUUAAACUGUUCUUUUCAGUUGAUCCCUUUGACAUCACCUCUCAUGUUUAAAAUCAGGAAAACACACCCUAAAAUUUGCACUCUCUUCCAUUUUGAAAAAGAAAACCCACACACAAAUCCACACUAUUACCGUCUUUCACCCUGAGCUAUAUUUCCAAAGUGUAUUAUAAUCCAGAUUUUGCCCCAUCUCAAACAUGUUAAGUCAGACUGUGCUGAAAGACUUUCCAGGGACGGUCAACAGGGUAUAUGUUCAGUGGCUGCCCUGAAAUCCUGGUGGGGAUGAGGAUCACACUUCAUCAUCAAGGGGAUGCCCAUCCCCGAUAAGCUCCCAGUCCUUUUGGAAGAUUUCUUUGAAUGUUAAUUGCAUUUUCAGUUUUGCUCAUUUCCUACCCCAAUGUUUUGUCUACAACAUCGCUUACACUGGAUUCUUUCUAUUUUUAUUCCUAUCAUUAAAUGGUAGUGCUGUAAAUUCUGCAAUUAAUGUUAAAUAAACUGCUUUAAUUCAUUGA